AUGCCUACAGCUAAACACCACUUUGGUCUAACCCUGACAGGAGAGUUUGAAAGGGAGCUGUCUCCAGGAGAAAUAUCUGCUUCUGCUCUGGAUGAGUUCGCGGAGUCAGCAGACUCAACUUCUCCUGUCCUAAGAGUGCCUUGCGAAGCUGAUCUAGUACCCAUCAAGGAAGAAAUGCAUUUCCAAGCUUGCUGUGAGGACCACAAGACCAAGAGAGUCCAUCCCAUUUCUGCGGAGAAGAGCUCUGGUGAAGCUGAUGACUUUGCAUCCCUCACCUUUCCAAAGAAGCUCUGGAGAAUUGUUCAAAGCCACCACUUUCAGUCCAUUUGGUGGGUUGACGAUGGCAUCUGUGUUGCCAUUGACAAAGAAGGAUUCCAAAAGGAA